UAAUUCUAGUAUUUAAGUAUGCUGCUAUGGCUGCUAUUUGGACUUGCUUCUGGUUUUGAUGAAGUCCUUCACAAACGCUUUGAGUACAAGCAUAGUUUUAAAGGUCCAACUCUAACUGACUCGGCUGCAAAAGUUCCGUUUUGGGAUGCCAGUGGAAGUUGCAUGCCCUCCACUGACUAUGUACGAGUGACUCCAUCAAUAAGAAGCAAACAGGGUCAAAUAUGGAAUAAGCUGCAGUAUGUUGGUAACAAUUGGGAGAUUCAGUUUUCUUUAAAGAUCCAGGGACGAGGCAAACUUGGGGCUGAUGGAAUGGCUGUAUGGUAUCUACAAGAGAUACCAAAGAAAGGAGGCAGCGUGUUUGGCUCUCCUAACAACUGGAGAGGACUCGGAGUGUUCUUCGAUAGUUUUGAUAACGAUAACAAGCACGAUAACCCUGCUGUAAGUGCAGUUGUUAACGAUGGGACUUUAACAUUUGACCACGGCAAGGACGGUAAAGGCCAAGAAAUAGCGAGUUGUAUCCAGGGGUUCAGAAACCGACCCCACCCCACUCAAGUCCGUCUGCGUUACUACCAACAAGUCCUAACCAUGGAGAUAAACCCUGGUAUCACAACAAGGGAGAGCGACUUUGAGACUUGCUUUCGGAAGGAAAAUGUAAAGUUAUCUCCAGGAGGCUUCUUUGGUGUCUCAGCUGCUACUGGCGCACUAGCUGAUGAUCACGACGUCCACAAGUUCUUGACGUACUCCCUAUUUGAGCGCACUGACCAAGCCACCCCGCUGACCGACGAAACGAAGCAGAAGAUCCUAUCAGACUACGAGAAGUACGAUAUAGCGCUGGAGGAGAAGAAGAAGAAGUACAGAGAGAAGAACCCUGAUAAAUAUAAACAGGUCGUGGAGGACGAACAGAACUUGUUCUACAAGAGUUUAAUCGAUUACCAAGUGAAGCUGUCUGAAAAGUUUGAUCAACUGGGAAGUGUCAUAAAGGAGCUAGUAAAUGUUGACAAUAGUGGUGAUACCUCUGUGAUAAAAUCCUCCGUCGCAAAUCUGGAGAAAAUGCAGAGCAGUCUUGUGAGACAGAUCGAGUCAAAUGGUGCGCAGAUGCAGAGUGUCAUAACCAAGAUGGAUAGUCUCUCUAAGAAAAGCCAGAGCUCUGAAAGAGACCUAAAAACAGUCUCCCUUGCGAUUGGGGCUGUCCAGACGCAGCUUAAGGAGAUUCAGAAUAGAAAGACCCACGUUUGCCCAGCAAUCCCUGACCAGGGGAUCACCUUUGUUCACUUGUUCUGUUUAAUUAUCAUACAAACUUCAAUACUUUUGGGAUAUUGGGUAUGGAGAAGUAGGGCAGAAGAGGCUAGGAAAAAGUUUUUCUAGUAUUAACGGUAAAAAUAGGAGUAGUAAAUUAUAUUUUUAACUGUGUGAUUGGGUUGCGAAUUAAACUGCUAAUUUGUGUAUACGAAUAAUUAAUAAUAAUGUAUGCAUUCACUACUUUUUAAUUGUAAAUGGAUAAAACGCAGCUAGUUUAGAUGUUUGUCGUUGCUUUUACAAGUUUACGUGUGAUUGGUUUGAGUUUAAAAUUAGUAAAAUUAAAACUUCUAUAAAUACAUUUAUUCUAUGAUUUGCAUAAUAUUAAUACACGCAUUUACAAAUUUGUUUCACGAUUAUUUGUGAUUUUUACAGUUUGCAGUGUAUUCAUGUAUUGUUUGCAUCUUAUUUUCAUGACUCAUAUGAACAAGUAUUGAGAAUCUGAAUAUUAAUUGGUUAAUCACUGCGCGUCAAAUGAUUUCCGAAUUAUUAAAAAAUUUUUCUUGAAAAAUCGAACGUUUUCAAAAGUUCUUUAUCAUUCAUAAUUCGAUUUUAUUAAAAUCCUUUUUCACUUUCAAAUUGUUUUCUUUGCAAGAUUGGUCCGAUUUUCCUUUGGAAUCAAUUUUGGUUACAUGUUCGUCACACUAUUACUAAUAGUAAUUUUCCAUUAAAUACGAAUUAAUUUUUACCGCGUAUAUUUUUAAUUGAUCAUGACCAUUUUUUAAUUUGAAAUAUUUAUUUCUCAAUUUAAAAGCUAUAUCGUUAAAUGGGUUAAUUAAUUUCAUACCGGUGAAAUUAUAAUUAAUGAUUAAACCGUCGUCGUGAUUUUGUUG